GCACAUUUCAAUCACAUUACAUUUUUCUUACUCGUCAAAUCUUUAACCUCUCUCUACAAAAACAGCACUACGCUUUUGAAUUAUUUUUGUGCUGAAUGGCAGUGAUCAAGAAGAAGAUGAAAUUUCGAAGUGUUUUUUCCAGCUGUUUAAAGAUUGACGAGUGCCCUAAUAAUCCACAGACAAAAGAAGUUGUUUACAAGAAACACUCUUCAUAUCGAAGGAUUUCAAUAUCCGAUUUAGGCAGUUCAACUUUAUCUGAAGAUCUAUCUGCUUCUUUAGCAGGCUCCAAUCUUUAUGUAUUUACUCUUCAAGAAAUGAAGGUGAUUACUCAGAACUUCUCAUCGAGUAAUUUUCUCGGUCAAGGAGGGUUCGGACCAGUCCACAAGGGAUUCAUCGAUGACAGACUUAGGCCAGGUUUGAAGGCCCAGCCUGUGGCAGUCAAGCUUCUGGACUUGGAUGGUGCACAAGGUCAUAGAGAAUGGCUGACUGAAGUGAUUUUUCUUGGUGAAUUGAGACAUUCACAUCUGGUGAAGCUGAUUGGAUACUGUUGUGAAGAAGAACACAGGCUUCUUGUAUAUGAAUACAUGCCUCGAGGCAGCCUCGAAAAUCAACUCUUCAAAAAAUAUUCGGUUCCACUUCCAUGGUCAACAAGAAUGAAAAUUGCUCUUGGAGCUGCAAAAGGGCUUGCUUUCCUUCAUGAUGCUGAAAAGCCUGUCAUAUACAGAGAUUUUAAAACUUCAAACAUUUUGCUAGACGCAGAUUACACUGCUAAACUCUCGGAUUUUGGGCUGGCAAAGGACGGUCCAGACGGAGAUCACUCGCAUGUGUCAACGCGUGUUAUGGGCACAAGGGGUUAUGCUGCCCCUGAAUACAUUAUGACAGGUCACUUGACAGCAGCAAGUGAUGUAUACAGCUUUGGAGUAGUACUCUUGGAGCUUCUAACCGGCAAAAGAUCAGUACACAAAACCCGUCAUCAUAAAGAACGAAACCUUGCAGAUUGGACAAGGCCUAUGUUGAAGAAUCCUAGGAAGCUUACUAGGUUAAUAGAUCCAAGACUUGAAGGCCAGUACUCUGAAGUGGGGGCUCAAAAAGUUGCUGCCUUAGCUGACCAAUGCUUAAGCCAUAGGCCGAAAAAUAGACCUAAAAUGUGCGAAGUGAUUAAGGUUUUGGAGCCCUUAAAACUACUCGAUGACAUCCAAAUUGGCACAUUUGUAUUUGUAGUUUCAACAGACAGUCAUUUGCAGAAAGAAAGUACAAAGGAGAGCGGAAGAAAACUCCACGACGGCCAUAAACAUCAGAUCAAAAGUACCCCUGUCGUUUACUGAGAAAUAACCUGUGUCUCGCAGAUUAAAGAGAGCACAGAUUGAAUCAAACUGUAUAAAAAUUCCAUAGCGAUUUAUCUCUGGUUGCAUGAGUAGAAACUCAUUAUUGUUUUGAUUGUUUAACAAUCUGUAUUCUUUCCUAGACUGUAUUUCGAAUGAAGUUUAAUAAAGCAAUGGAGAAACAAUCCAUUGACCA